GAACUUUCGAUAUUGUUGCUUAUGACUUUUCAUAAUCGUUCCGUAAUAUAUGCAGAGCCCCUGAUAAAAAUUUAUUGUGAUGAAUUUAGGGAUUUCAGUGUGUAAUGCAAGAUUUUGACGUUCGCUUAGUUCGGAAACAACACCAGUAGACCAAUAUUGGAAAACGCAUCUGUUGACCUGCAAAAUUAAUAUUUUCUUCGAAAGUAUCAGCCUUUUGGCUGAGCAUUUCGCAAAGAUGCGUGCUUUAGGAAUAUCUGUUAUGAGUGUGGCACUGACGUGUUUAGUGGUGGGUAAUGCGUACUAUCAGAAAAAACAGUUUUAUCCUUCAGUAGUCUACAUUACUAAAUCUAAUCCAAGCAUGGCGGUAAUUUACAUACAGUCUCUUGUAUUGGUUUUAAUGCUGGGUAAACUGAUGAAAAAAAUAUUUCUUGGAACUUUACGCGCUGCAGAAUUCGAACACCUUAUGGAACGAUUUUGGUAUGCGUUAACUGAAACUUGUUUAGCCUUUACUGUUUUCAGAGAUGAUUUUAAUCCAAAAUUUGUUGCGUUAUUCACGGUUCUACUGUUUCUAAAAUCAUUUCACUGGUUAGCAGAAGAUCGUGUAGACUACAUGGAGCGUAGUCCGGUAAUAGGCUGGAUAUUUCACUUAAGAGUUGCAGGUUUACUAGCAUGUCUCGGCGUACUUGACUAUCAACUUAUUUCGUACGCGUAUCAAUCAACAAUUGCUAAGGGUGCCACCGUCCAAUUAGUUUUUGGUUUUGAAUAUGCCAUUCUCAUGACGAUGGUAUUGAACACUGCUAUCAAGUAUAUGUUUCAUGCUGCGGAAUUACGCUCUGACACACCAUGGGAGAAUAAAGCAGUGUUUUUACUGUAUACGGAACUCAUCAUAGGAUUUAUCCGGGUAGUACUAUAUGUCAUUUUCGUAAUUCUGAUGGUGAAGAUAUACACAUUGCCAUUAUUUGCAUUUCGGCCAAUGUACUAUACAAUGCGGAAUUUCAAAAAAGCUUUGAACGAUGUCAUUUUGUCCCGCCGAGCUAUUCGAAAUAUGAACACUUUGUAUCCAGAUGCUACACAGGAGGAACUACAGCUUUCCGAUAAUAUUUGCAUUAUUUGCCGAGAAGAUAUGAUUAACAGCUCGAAAAAACUACCUUGCGGCCAUAUAUUCCAUACUGCUUGUUUGCGAUCCUGGUUUCAACGUCAACAAACGUGUCCAACAUGUCGAUUAAACAUUCUUAGAACUCCCCUAACGACGAUCAAUCCUGAUCCAGUGCAAUCAGCUGGUAAUGAAGCCGGAAAUUCGGUUAACCAUGAAGCCAAUCGAUCAGGCUCAGCUGGUACAACGCAAAAUGUUCUGAAUAACAAUGCGCCAAGCACAAUAGAAGUUCCUCUUGCCAUGGGUUCAACAUUCAUCCCCCAGUUUCCACUUGUAGGAUUUCCAUCAUAUGGAAUACCAUUACCUCCAGUUCCCCCUGCUUUAGAUACAUUGACUGACGAAGAGCUAAGAGCUAUGGAGGGGAAUGAGCGUCGUCAUGUAGAAGAGCGGUUAAGGCAUCUUCAAAAUAUUCGAACUCUUAUGGAUGCUUCCAUAUCCUUAAUGAAUCAAUACACCGCUCUGGUGUCUCGAUUACCGCCGUAUCAUGUGGCAACUCAUUCUGAUGCAGCGAGGAACACUGAUGAAAUAGUUUCUCCAGAUCCAGGUACUACCGAAACACUAACUCAUCGGGUUAGUCCAGAUUCAUCGAAUACAUAUUCAUCAUACCCUCAAGAAUCCACCACUGCAAAAUUAGAAGACUUAGGUAGUGAUGAUGAACCCGGGACAGUCAAAGUACAUCUUCCCAGCACGAGCAAGGAAUUUCUAAUCACACCAGAUCAGCAACAACAACCUGCUUCACAGGCAUCUAACACCGUAGCUAGUAGAAGCAAAGGCAAUUCUUUAUCUGACAGUUCUGAAAGAAGUGAAAUCCGUCGCAGGAGAUUGGAGAAAUUUGAUACCCGAACCAAUUCCGAUUAAAUAAUUAAAGAUACUGGAUACGGUGGUGAUAUUCCAGCAACUAAUGUAGGAGACAAAACCAAUGUAACGAUUGCAAUUUUUUGCUAAAUUGAGAAGCUGUGAAAUGAAGAAAAAAAACUUAUUGUAUGGUGAACUCAAACGAUGUUUACCCUAUUCAUCAUAUUUCGUGAAUUCAAAGAAGUAGUAAACACUAUGUUAUUCACUACAAUUAUAUGAUAUUAAAAAGCAUUUUUUUUGCGUUUAGCAGAAUUUGCCAAUA